CAGAAUAUAGGAAAUACAGAUUGUUAUAUAAAAGAGUCUGUUGAAGAUUUAUACAGAAGUACAGAUUUGCUUUGAGUUUGUUCAACAAACCUGCAAGGGAAAAGGUCUCUAGAGGAAGUUGGACAUCUCUAUUAUAGCUUCUGGACUAAUGUAAAGAUAUGGAUAAAGAUAACCAUACCUUGGUGACAUUUCUCAUUCUUAAAGGAAUUUCAGACAUCCCUGAACUCCAAACACUGAUCUUUCUUUUGAUCCUUCUAAUUUAUCUCAUAAUUGUUGGAGGUAACGUGACGAUUCUUCUGCUUGUCUACUUGGAUCAUCACUUGCACACUCCCAUGUAUUUCUUCCUAGGAAACCUAUCUCUAAUGGAUAUAUGCUCCACCACCGUAACUCUACAUAAGGUCCUUGGAAGCUUCAUAACAAAGGAUUACACUAUAUCACUUCAAACUUGUAUUUCUCAGAUGUUUGUAUUCUCCUCAUUGGCUAGAGAUGAGAUGUUUAUACUGACAGCUAUGAGCUACGAUCGAUAUGUGGCCAUAUCUUACGUUUUCAUCAUAAUCACCAUAUUGAAGAUCCGCAACAGUGAUGGAAGGCUCAAAGCCUUCUACACAUGUUCCUCACACCUUACGGUUGUCAUCCUUCUUUAUGCAACUCUUUUCUUUCUAUAUUUAAGACAAACGGACAGUUUGGUGUCAAAGAAAAUAUCGUCGUUGUUUAACACGGCAGUUGUUCCUUUACUAAAUCCAAUUAUUUACAGUUUGAAAAAUAAAGAUGUAAAGUCGGCUCUAAGACGACAGCUGAAACACAUUAUGUUAAUAGUUUAACAUAUAGAUCCAGAUUACAAGUGGCGCGCUAAUGAUAGAGCAGCCCUGUUAUCAAUAUAACUGGACCAAGUUAAAAGUAUUACGCAAAUUGAUCUUGCAAAUCCAUGGCAAAAGAGAUUUGACACAGAAGGUUUAGCGUAGUCGACAUUGCUCCAGUGCACCCAUUACUUUCAAUGGAUAUCGCAACUGCGCUAAAUGUCAAUGAUAUUAUAAGUGGAAAGUUAUGAGUUACACUCAAGCAAUAGCCCAAAAAUAGUGCUAGAAGAAUUAGGGAGAUCUGAGACCUGAAGUAAAGUGUAAGGGUUGAAAUCAAAGUUUCAAAAAACACAUGUAAAACAUAUUAAAAUAAAGUAUUACGUGUAUAUAUAUAUAUAUGAAAUAUUGUGCACCCAUAAACUGGCAAAUUUGCCUGUUUGCAGGUGUGUGAUAAAUUAGGGCUCCACUUGUAAUCUAGCCCAUUAUGUUUAAUAUUAUAGUAUUGGCAAGUGCAAUAUCUGCGCUCCACUGAUAUUACACGUUACCCGCAAUGCGAACACGACCUUGCAUUCACAUUGAAUGGAAGUUUGUGCUCAUGAGAGCACUCUUCUAUAGGCUCCAAUGGGAGCCUUGUUCUCAUGCCGUCAGACACAGCACAGAACCUAGCGCAGA